AUGACAUCCCGUCUGACCCAUGAGGAGAAAGUCUACGCAAUUGAGCGACUUCGAGAAAACCAAACAGGUAUCGAGAAUAAACAUUUCAAAAUUCAGCAGUUCAAAGAAGUGUUCGAAGACCCACAAACCUACCUUCUGACACUCAUUACUACCGCUGGCCUCAUUCCCAAUGCCGCCAUAUCCCAAUUUCAGUCACUCAUCAUCAAGGAUAUUGGAUUCACCCCCAAGCAGACACAGCUUCUUUCAAUCCCUAGCGGGGUUGUUAAUAUCGUUGCAAUAGUUUCAGCAACUCUCCUAGCUGCUAAAUUCAGCAGGCGUACGUUGUUUAUGGUUAUCGUCCUUAUCCCUAGCCUUCUAGGUGCAUGUCUGCUCGCCUUCCUUGAUAACAGCCAUCCAGCAGCGAAACUGGCGGGAAAUUACCUUACCCACUGCAAUAAUGCAUUUCUGCCUCUCACAUACUCCCUCAUCACUGCAAAUUACGCAGGGCAUACAAAGAAAGUCACCAUGAACGCGGUCAUAUUGAUGGCAUUCUGCCUAGGAAACAUACUAGGCCCUCUAACCUUCAGGGAUGAAGAUGCGCCUCAGUUUAUACCCGCAAAGGUCACCAUCGUCAUAACUAUUUCAAUUACAAUAGUCUCUAUCAUUGCAUUGAGGUUCUACUAUGUUUAUGAAAAUAGGAGAAGAGAGAAGCGGCUGGAAGAAGGAGAAGUGCAGAACUCUGCUGAUUUCCUCGACAUGACUGAUCGGGAGAAUCUAUCAUUUCGUGUAAGCUUACCCUCCUAG